GCAAAAACUACAACAAACGAAAAAUUAGAGAAACGCACGCAGUUUGAACGCAUUUUUUUACAACUUAGUGUAACAACUAGAUCGGUUAUGCACAAUACAGAGAGCAAUGUUAUUAAGUGUUCAGACAAAAAAUAUCAGAUAAAACGCCAGUUGAAAACGAUUCCCCAGCACAAAAGCAAAUUACUAAACUACUAAAUUACUAAAUUGACUAAAUUAGAUUGGGGGUUACAUAGCAAUUGAUUGGAAACAGAUGAGUUUAAUAUAUAUAUCUCGAUAUAAUAUUAGUAAUCUCAAAGUUUUUAGACCAUGUUCAAAUCUGAUUGUUAAUAUUGCAAAAGAUUUCAACAGCACGAAUAUUCCCGAAGUGCUUUUCGAUAUAACAGAAAACCUAAACUACGACUUUCCAGUUACAACAGAUAACCCAAAAAACCUAAUAGGAGGCAGACACUAUUUGUGGCGUGAACAACCAUUACUUCAUGGUGAUUCCCCGCCACUUACACUGAACUGUACUGAUAACAUGCCAGUCUCAAACAAAAACUGCAACCGAAGAAAUCAGGGAGAUGAAAGUCCUGAAAGCUGUGAAACUGGCUCAGAUAUUCAGAAUGGGACCUUGAAUAUCAAUCGCUUCAAUGAAAGUUUCUGCAACGGUUUUCUUCGUGGCAAGUUAUCAACAUUGGAUUUCCUCGCUACUGUCAUUGAAAACUUCAUUGCGGGAAAAAAAGUCCAAUUGGAUGCAGUUUUACCACCGUUACAAAAUGGGCCAGCGUAUAUCCAUAAAAUGGUUCAAAAGCUCGUAAGAUCUAGCCAUUCCAGCAACAUUUACAAUCGGCUCUUUACUUUUAAUUGGGAUUACAAUGAAUCGGACGCUCAUCAAAAAGCUGGGUUGAUUGUGGAUGCUGUCGAUAUGCUCGGCCUAUCCUUCCCUGGAAAUUCGUUUAUGCAAAUUACAGAGAGCAAUGUUAUGAAGUGUUUCAGACAAAAACUGGCAGAUAAAACACCAGUUGAAAACGAUUCCCCAGCACAAAAGCAAAUGACAAGUACAGACACUUACAUGGCCGCUUGUUGGAUUGAACUUUCAAAGGAGAUUUUGACCGCUUAUUGCAGGGAUCGCUCUUGUUUGUCAGAUGCGGUUAUCACUUUAAUCGACUUAAAGAUCAGCAGCAAGAGUAUCCAAACCACGCUAACGAUUCCAAUUCCAAAGUUUGUCGUACCAAUUGCAACAGUCAUAAAAACGGCUGUACAACUUUUACGGGACACAUUAUACUACAUAAAUGGUUUUUGUGAUGGAGUAAAAAAACAAGUUGAAGAAGUUGAAGGUUCAACUAAUAACCACUUGAAGAUAAGCAGCAAAAAUAUCCAGACCACUCUAAAAGUUCAAAUUCCAAAAUUUGUCGUACAAUUUGCUACAGUCACAAAAACGGUCGUACGAUUUUUAACGGACACACUGACCUACAUAAAAAAAUUGUGUGAUAGAAUUAAAAAAAAAGCGAACGAAGUUGAAGAUUCAACUAACAACCAAGAACACCUAAAGUUCUCUAAUCAAACAAAACGGGAUUACGCAGAAACUGCUCGACCUUCAUCGAAGAAACCUAAAAAAAACUACAAAAGAAGUAGACUAUUAAACGCAAAAAAACUAACACCUCCAGAGUAAUUUUGGUGUAAAUUUUGUAAACUUUGUAGAUAUUAUAAUAAGUUUCACCUAAAGUUAACCUGGUAUCUCGUUUACCUAUAUGAGAUGUAUCUUAACGUAUUCUAAAAUUAAGUCUUAACGUGUGAUAAA